UAACGGAAAGCGGCCAGAUUGUGUUAAAAAAAAAUUUACUUUUGGCCAAAGUUUGCUCAAAAUGAACGAAAUUAUACAGGAUAAGUUUAUUCCGCAGCAAUUGCUGUACUUUGUGGCUGGUCGGCGAUGCUGCCAAGAGUUUCCAUGCACAUUUCGAUCGACAGACCACGAAAUUUUCCUGCAAUACGCGCGCUCCUUGGGUUUGCGCACACAACGCAUGUUUAGCAAUGGCGAAAUGAUCAAAGUCUUCAAGCGCACUUGCCGCCAUUACCUUGAGGAGCCCAAAAUAAUGACGUUCUCGCCCGCGACGGCAAUAAACAUUCUCACCAUGUUGGGGCGAACAACCAACUUGGGCAAGGACGAGCUUAGAUUGAGCUCAGAUUUCAUACCGCAGCGUGCGUGCGUUGCGGAGAUUAUGGUGCCUCAUCUACCAUUUCCGACGAUCAAGCCGCCCACGCAGCGCAUUAAGGACGAUACACAACGCAAUUUGCUGAAACAGUUUCCUGGCUAUUCAUUCAUGGACACCGUUAUGCAGACGCUAUACAAACAGCGUGUUGUGGUGUUCAGUGCCGAUCUCUCGUGGGACAAAUCGGUUUAUAUGCCGCUGCUCAUUUUCGAAGACUGCGAGGCGAAGAAGACAAAUGCGAAGAUCAUUUGCAUUGAGAAGGAAAACGUUUUGGCGCUGCACAAUAGCAAGCGCUUGGUCCACUAUUUCGCCGAGGAUUUGGGCGAGACUGUGGGAAUUCAGUUGCCGCACAGCAGCAACAUUAGCUCGGAAACGCACAUUAUAUGCUCCACGGCGCAGUACGUGCUGCGCUCGCUGACCAAACAGAAGUGCCUGAACAUCAGUCAUUUUAUUGUAAACGACGUGCACCUCCACGAUCCCUACAUCGACGUGUUGCUCAGUGAACUGCGCAUUGCCCUGACCCAGCACCAAAAUCUAAGAGUCGUUCUGUUGUGCCAAAUGGCAGACGCUAAGAAGUUUACCGAAUAUUUCGAAGAAGGCACCGAGUUGAUGCCGAAGGAGGGAGUGCCAAAAACGGCACCACGCAUUUCGUACUUGGGCGAUAUUCACAGCCGUAUCUCAGUGGCAGGCAUACACAAGGGACAGGACAUAUACAAGGAGACGCCAGAGGUGUACAGAACCAAAACCCCGCGAAAUGAGCAAAUGGAUAAGUGCCUGGAGGCGUACGAGGAGUUCGGCUCGGAUCUUUCCAUUCGUCCGUUUCUGUAUGCCGUCAACUACGACCUGGUGCCGGUCAACUACCGCCACUCGACGACCGGCAAGACUGCUGUGAUCAUUGCGGCUCAGCACAACAAUCCCAGCCACCUGCGCGUCUUGCUCUACAUGGGCGCGGAUCCCUACGUAGCGGAUGAGCAGCUUCAGAAUGCCAUCACAGUGGCCGCAUCGAUGGAGAAGAAUGAGUGCAUCGACAUCCUCAACUGCUUCAGUCUGCGUGGCAAUGCAAUCAAAAGCGCCAAGCCUGAGUUUGUGGACUACGAUCUGAUAAUUGAUUUGUUUUACUUGUUGCGCACGAAGCCGGAAUAUCCAUCGGGCAACAUUUUGGUCAUUUUGCCCACCUACUAUCAUAUUGUUAAGCUCAACUACAUGCUGCUCAGUCACUACAUGUGCGGCAAGCUGCAGGAAUUCUCCAUAUUUCUGCUGCACGAGAAUAUGGGCGUUGAAUACAUUGACGAGUUGGUUAAUGCUCGCAAAGACACGGACAAGGUGGUGCUGGCCACGGAUAUAGUUGAAUCGUUGCCGCUGCAGGUGUCGUUCAAGUACGUAAUCGACACUGCCUGCAAACAGUAUUCCGUUUACAAUUGCAGCAACUACUGUGCCGAACACCGAUACGAAUGGGUGGCCAAAGAUUGUCUGCUACGCAGGGAAUCCUUACUCGAUGGAGCUGCUUCCGACACGCAAUGCUUUCGCUUGUUGUCCAAGAGCACGUUCAAUAUGCUCACCGAAAGCAGCCCAGCCCAGCUGCAGAGAAUCCAGCUGGACAAGAUCUGUUUGACGGUGAAGGCGCUGUCGCCCCACAAGAUUAUCAGUGAAUAUCUGGGCCAAACCAUUUCGCCACCGCCAGUCAUCAAUGUGCACCAUGCUGUGCAGUUCUUGAAGAAAAUUGAAGCCCUAAACGAGGUGGAGGAACUCACUUGGCUGGGCUGCCGCCUGCUGGACAUACCCGUGCCCUGCCAGCUGGGACGCAUGUUGAUCUAUGGAAUUCUUUUGCAAUGCAUUGAUCCAGUACUGACCAUAGUCACGUCGCUCUCCACAGCCGAUCCGUUGAGCAUUCCCUUCACUGAGGACAUUGACAGCUUGUGGGAUCGCUUCACGAUUUAUAUACAAAAUCUCAUCAAGAAUGAACGUGGCCGCCUGGCAGACAAUCAGUUCUCGGAUCACUUUAUAUUCCUGCGAUUGUUUCAGGACUGGCAGAAUAGUCAAAAGAGCAAGAUGCCAAUUCUGUACUUCACCAAUGAGUACGACUUUAUUCUGAAUGGACUGAUGGAGCAGCUGAGCUUCAUUCGCUCCAAUAUUGUGAGCUCGCUGCGAGCUGCACACUUGAUUCAUUUCCGUGGCACGAUGACCAUGCAGAAUCUGAACGUAUUGUCGGGCAAUUGGCACGUGGUUAAGGCGGCCCUAACCGGCGGCAUGUAUCCAAAUAUAUGUGUUCUGGAUGUUAAUAAAUCGUGUCUCAAGUCGGCCUAUUCGGAGAGGGUGCAUCUGCACCCAAACACCGUGCUGCGUGACUUCCUAGAGCCAUUUAGCAGCUCAGCUCUUAAUUUCCGCAGCCCCUGGGUGGUGUGCACCAAGCAGAGGAAUUACAUUUUAUAUGCCACCAUGGUACUUCCCCUGGCAGUGGCCAUGUUUGCGGGUCCCAGCCGCAUCAAAACUUCCCAGAUAAGCCCGAGUCAAAAUGACAAUGUCAAUGUCUACAUCGAUGAAUGGCUCUGGAUGGUUAUGCCGAAAACUGUAGCCGAGCUGGUCAUCAAAACGCGUCAAUGUUUCUACGAUGGAUACCAUGAAUUUCUGAAGCACUGCAGCGAUCAGGAAAAAUGGAGCGCCGACUCUCUCCUCAUGGUCAACCAGGGCUUGAUCAAUGAAACGCUAGCCAAAGUGUUUGAAAAUGAAGAUCUGGCUGUGGGUUUCUCAAAGACUCCAAACAUUCAUUAUCAUCCAAUUGUGAAGCUGCCAACGACUUACCUGCUGACGGUGAAUCGUCACUUUAGCUGGAAUCAGGAAAUAGAAGAUAGCAAAGAUGUUCUGGUCAAGCGGCCAUUAUCAUCAUAUUUUGACAUCCACUCGCACUUUAUCGAGCGACAGUUCUUUGUGCUGCACACCAAAGAAACCUGCGAGGAUUUCUACAAGAGCAGCAGCACUCCCUUCAUCGAAUCCGUGCUGGGCAAGUUUGCCAGACCCAUCGAGUCGCCCAAUCGACACAUUUUCGUGAUUUUGUAUAAAAAGAAUGAGGACGAAAUGCUGAGCAUCAGCCGUGCCAAAACCAUCAACGGAGUAUUCACAUUGAAGGAAUAUUUUCGCAAUGUUAUUCCAGUGUAUGAAAUUAUUGAAGCCUGUCGUUCCAUAAGUGUUAGCAUGCCCAACUUUGAUGGCCGUUUAAUGUCUAGUCUUAUUGACAAACGAGUUGGAAACUUAAUUAUGGACCUGUUCGCCUUUCGCCAUCAUUGGAUUCACAAGCGAUAAAUGUAAACGAAUCGUUCCUUAUGGGCUGACGAGCCGCACAAUCAAAAAUAUCAUUUAAUCUUUGUACGCCUUUUUGUGAAACUCU